AGGAAACGAAUAACAAAACUACUACACACACAUGCUGCCCUCAUCAUGCUAUCAUUUCUUGUUGUCAUGGACGCCACAUGUGUGAUCGGACAACUUCUGGCAGAUAUAUUUAUCGUAAAAGAGAAACUAGACCGAACUGAAACAGAAAAACACGACCUGGCCGAAGUUCUACAAACGAUGUUCCCACAUUUCUUUAAUGCUACAGACGAUUUAACUUUGGACCAGGUUUUAGGACAUCUGAAAAAUACACUGGAAAUCAACGAUGUAAGGAAUAAUUCUCACUACUCGCAGAAGACUCCGAAAUCUAACGCUAGCGAUUCAACACAUUCUCCUACUUUAAUUAUGGGUAUACCUCAUCAUAACAUCAAUGCUACUGUUUUGAAAGAGAAACAAGAACUGCUCUUGGACAUGUGGAAACAGCUUUCGAAAUCUUUAAAAGACCAUGAGAAUAUUCUAAAACUUAUCAAAACUUCUCAAAUUAUGCUACGGAGAUUUUCUACUUCAAGUAAUCAAUCGAUCAUCAAAGACAAAUCGAAAAAAUAUUCAUCGAAUCAUUUCUCUGGACAAAGCGGAGGGUCGGAAGAAGUAGAUACCCUCGAAGAAGAACACAAUGUACUCUUUGAGGUGACUCAUAUAUUUCAUCUGACCAGUAUAACUAUAUUAUCUAUCCUGCUAUUUGAGACAUUAUUGAAAGUGUUCGCAAUGGGAAGGAAAUUACUGAACCACAAAAUCGAGGUGUUUGAUGCAGCAGUGAUUGUGAUAUCUUGGUCAUUGGAUGUUGCUUUUAAGGAUGGUAUCUGGGACCAUCCCGGUUCGAACGCGGCCACCAUUUUGAUUAUACUACUACCAUGGAGAGUGAUUCGAAUUGUAAAUAGUUUCGUGUUGGUGAUUCAAGAGAAAGAUCACGUGAGAUUAAAACUGAUCAAGCAGCGAUUCCGAAGUUCAGAAAGACGUACCAGGGAGUACAAGGAGAAGCUGAACAAAUACAGA